ACACUGCAGUUCCUCUGAAGCGCUGCGGAUCGAAGGCUGCCUGCAAAAUACUCCGACAGCCAAAGCCUUUCGUCACCGAGUUGACGCGUGGCUUAUGCGGUGGAUUAAUUAAUAAAUGGCUGCCAAUAUGGAUUAAUAAUCAGAUUAAUGUUUGCAGGAGGAGGACGGCUCGGCUGGACGCUGCAGCUUCCACAUUAGCUCCGCAGCAGCACGCAGCGAUGUUUCAGGCGUCGUUACUCUCAGGUGCCCGGUGCUCGGAUGCCGACAGUAAGCGGUCCUACCAGGACCUGUUCAACAGGCUCGACACCAACAAUGAUGGCAAAGUAGACGUGGCUGAGUUACGAGAGGGCCUCAAGGCGAUGGGAAUGUACCGCCAAGGUGCAGCACAGAAAAUUGUGUUAACUGGGGACGAAAACAAUGAUGGGUGUUUGGACUUCAACGAGUUCACAAAAUAUCUGAAAGAGCACGAGAUGAAGCUGUGGCUCACGUUCACAAGUCUGGACAGGAAUGAUGAUGGGCACAUUGAUGCCUCAGAGAUCCAGCAGUCCCUUGCAGAGCUGGGCAUAAACGUCUGCAAGGAGGAUGCCCUGAAAAUUUUACAAAGGUUUGAACUCCACUUGCACGCCACGUGCCUUCAUACACACGCAACGCAACAUAAUCAAGGUAAAAAGAUGUCUCUGUGCACCCUCAGCAUGGACAUUGAUGGGACCAUGAAGGUGGACUGGAACGAGUUCAGAGAACACUUCCUGCUGUACCCUGCCUUCAACUUGGAGGAGAUCAUCCGCUACUGGAAACACUCCACGGUGUUGGAUAUAGGUGACAGUCUCUCCAUCCCGGAUGAAUUUACAGAAGAAGAGAAGAGCUCAGAUGUCUGGUGGAAGCAGCUGGUUGCCGGCGCGGCGGCAGGCGCCGUCUCUCGCACCGGCACCGCCCCGCUGGACCGACUGAAAGUCUUCAUGCAGGUUCAUUCGUCCAAAGCCAACAGGAUAGGGCUGAUUGGGGGCUUCAGGCAGAUGAUUGUGGAGGGGGGUCUGACUUCUCUGUGGAGGGGGAAUGGAAUCAAUGUUUUGAAGAUCGCACCUGAGACGGCCAUCAAAUUCAUGGCUUAUGAACAAUAUAAGAAGUUGCUGUCAUCAGAGGGAAAGAAGAUUGAGACGCAUAAGAGGUUUAUUGCUGGCUCUAUGGCUGGAGCCACUGCACAGACUGCCAUCUACCCAAUGGAGGUCUUAAAGACCCGCCUGACCCUGAGGAAAACUGGUCAGUAUGCAGGAAUGUUUGACUGUGCAAAGAAGAUUCUGAGGAAGGAGGGUGUCAUCGCUUUCUAUAAGGGCUACAUUCCAAACCUACUUGGCAUUAUUCCCUACGCAGGGAUCGACCUCGCUGUUUAUGAGACUCUAAAGAACACCUGGUUGAUGUAUCACGCUAAAGACUCAGCAAAUCCUGGAGUUCUGGUGUUGUUGGGCUGCGGGACCAUCUCCAGUACCUGCGGCCAGCUGGCCAGCUAUCCCCUCGCAUUGGUUCGUACACGGAUGCAAGCGAAAGCGUCUCUGGAUGUGUCAGACCAGCCCUCCAUGAGUUCUCUGUUGAGGACGAUUAUAGCCAAAGAUGGUUUCUUUGGGCUCUAUCGUGGCAUCCUGCCAAACUUCAUGAAAGUCAUUCCUGCUGUCAGCAUUAGCUACGUGGUUUACGAGUACAUGAAGACCGGCUUGGGGAUAACAAAAUGACAACUGAAGAAGAAGAGGAACAUUCUCGCUAUUUAUUAAACUUAAAAAGACCUGAAAAGAUAUCCAAAAUGACUGAUGGACAUCAAACAUACUGAGCAUGACUUCAUGGGCUAGAAGGUUGUAUGUUUUUAUAAGCUGCCUGCUAGUAGUGUUUGAAUCAGAUGUGGUGCGCAUGCUUUAUUUUUUAUCUUGAAAAGUUGCACAUUACACACUUCCUGUUUUUACACACAGACCUGAACAAUGCUUGACACAUACAUUUCUGUUGAUACAUUAGUAACAAAAGUUUUAUUUAUGCUGCUGUUUUUUUUUAAGUCUUUAAACUGUGAGUAAAAAAGAGACACAAAGUUUUUUUUUCUUAAGGAGGAAACGUGUUUUCUACAGAGAAGUUUGGAUCUCAUCCCAUGCCACGUCUGUCUGAAUAAGAAAAGAAACACUACGUCUGCUGAACUGUGCAUUUGGCUACACACUGGAGAUAGAUAAUUUCACACUUUUUAAUUUUGAAGCACCUGCUCUCGAGGGACUAUACGCCGUCAGAGGUCAGCGCUCCAACCAUCAGCUCUCAGCUGAACAAAACCAGGCCUCAAAAAAACUUUUUAACACUGGACAAGCGUGUGUGUGUUUAAAAACACACGUUGUGCAACGUGAAAAACAUUGUUCUUUAUAAUCAUUUUAAUGUGCCUUACAGCCUCUUGAUGCAAACUUUGAAGAUGAGUUUUUUUAGCUGUAUAUACUGUAUUAAUGCACUGUUUAUCCAUAUGUUUUACUUAUUUAUUGGACUCUUUGAUUAAAAAGUUAUAA